AUGGGGUGUUACAGUAUAGAUUGUGGCGCCAGCCGCGUUCUAAAGGGCGAGUCAAACAAUUUCGGUAUCGUGACACGCUUCGAUCUUAACACCUUCAAGGCGCCAGCCACGCUUUGGGGAGGUUCAGUCGCGUUCCCGUUCUCGGCUAGCCCAAGAGUUAUAUCGGCGAUGCAGAAGUUCGUCUCAGUUCUCGGCAACGAGGGGCGCAGAGCAGAUUUGGCGAUUGUUUUCUGGAACUACAUCCAAGGCGAAACCCUCACGGAGCCGUUUAUAAGCAGCGCGCUGCAUAACGUCGAUGGCACAGCUAAUGCUCUGGGACUUGCCGACUUUUUGGGCAUUCCAGGCAACGUCACGUCGGCGUUACGUACCGACACGCUAGCCGAGUUUACUAAUGAGUUGGAGUUGCCACAGGGCAGUUACAAAGCCUGGCGGACGCUGACAUUUUAA